AUGGAACACGACAAUAGCUACAACCCUCAAUUCGCUUCCCCUGUGGAACCAGGAAAUAGAAAAAGAGCCACUACUGUUGCUUCACCUACUUCAAGGGUCCCAGCAACUCCAAGAAUGCUCAAGAAUGCGUCAUCUAGGUUAUCGGUCAAUGAUCCGCAAAAGCCACAGUACGUCGAAAUUGGAUCACCACCGGUUCCGCAAACAGAAACACUCUCUGGUCAUGAUUACUCUAUGCCUAAUUAUUUCCCAAGCCCUCCUCAACAAUAUACUACCCAAAAUAUAUUUCCUUUGCAGGAACCACCGAAAAGCAAAAAUGUUCCAAAGUUAGAACCUUUGAACACGCAAACCGCAAACCCAGUCAUCGAUCAAAAGUCACAACCUUAUAAUCCGAGUGAAGCACAACAACAACAGCAAUCAAGACAUCAAACGAACCAAAGUGGGAGUAGUAAGACCUCAUCUCCACCAAAUACCAAUGGUAAUAAUCAUAAUCAUCAACACUCUUCGCAUCGCCAUGGUGAACAACAACAACAACAACCUCCACAGUUUCAUCGUAGGGCCAUUGGUGACUGGGACUUUAUCAGAACUAUUGGUGCUGGAUCAAUGGGUAAGGUUAAAGAAGCUAGACAUCGUCGUACUCAGGAGAUUUGUGCAGUGAAAAUUGUCCCAAGAGCUGCCAAAUUAUAUCAAAGGGCCCAUGCCAAUGAUCCUCCCCCAGCAGAUAAUGCCGAACAUCAAAAAAGAAUGAAAGAAUUCGAGAAAGAGGUGGCUAGAGAUAAGAGAACCAUUAGAGAAGCUGCGUUGGGCAAAUUGUUGUACCACCCAUAUAUUUGUAGAUUAUAUGAAAUGAUCCCGAUGACGAACCACUAUUAUAUGUUGUUUGAAUUUGUUUCAGGGGGUCAAAUGUUAGAUUACAUCGUUUCACACGGCUCGUUAAGGGAACGUCAUGCCAGAAAAUUUGCUAGAGGAAUUGCCUCUUCAUUGGAUUAUUGUCACAGAAAUAACGUUGUCCACAGAGAUUUGAAGAUUGAAAAUAUUAUGAUCAGUAAAACUGGGGAUAUAAAGAUUAUCGAUUUUGGGUUGAGUAAUUUGUUUGAUUAUCACAAAUUGCUAAAAACUUAUUGUGGAUCCUUGUAUUUUGCUGCACCAGAACUUUUAUCUGCCCACCCUUAUAUCGGCCCUGAAGUGGAUGUCUGGUCCUUUGGAGUGGUCUUAUUUGUCUUGGUUUGUGGUAAGGUCCCAUUCGAUGACCAGUCAGUAAGUGUCUUGCACGAGAAAAUCAAAAAAGGUAAUGUCGAAUAUCCAUCCUCGUUAUCCCAAGAAUGCGUGGAUUUAUUAUCUAGAAUGCUUGUUGUUAAUCCAAAGAAAAGAGCCAGUUUGAAAGAAAUCAUCAACCAUCCAUGGAUGAACAAGAACUAUGAUUCAAGACCUCACUCAUAUGUUCCUUACCGUAUCCCAUUGGAAUUGCCUUUAAACCCUGAAGUUUUGAAAGAAAUUGAGAAAUUAGAAUUAGGAACUGUGGAAAAUACCGCCCGAGAAUUAACCAAAAUUUUGGGCUCUCCAGAGUAUGCCCUUUGUGCUCAAAAAUGGUAUGAAAAGAAUGCGAAAUUCACAGCCAGUGGUAUCCCAAGAUCUUUACAAGAUUAUAGCGACCCACAUUUUCCAGAUCCAACCAAUGGGAUACAUCCAUUGAUAAGUAUAUAUUACUUGGUUGAUGAAAUGAAAAAGAGACAGCUAGCUAAGGAGAUGGCCCAUCAAGAGCAAGUAACUUCUCCAUUCCAAGAAAAGUUUAGCAGCUCAUCGCAUGAACAAAAACAGGCAGAAUUACAGGCUCAGAUGAAUCCACAGGAAGGGCACUUGAGACAACAGAAAUUGGAAGGCCAGGAAUCUCAAAGAAUUGCUGUGGAUCAUGGUGAACAAUUACAGAAUGUUCCGGAGAUCCGUGAAUCGCCAACAACUAAUAGUGGUUAUGAUAAAGCCUUGGGUAGUCCUAAACAAUCACAGAAUUUGGAUGAAGUGUUAUCUUUCCCAGAAGCUGCUCACACUUUGAGAAACAAUGAUGAUGAAAUCCUCAGUACCAAGAAACCAGGAAAUCUUGAUAUACCUCCACUUUCAGCCGUAAUUCCAGAGCAACAGCUAUCGCCAAAGAGAGCGAAAUCCAUCAAUAAUGGUCCUAGUGGUGAUGAUGAAAAUAAGGGUUCAGGCAUAAAUGGCUUGUUUAGAAGAUUGAGCGGUCACCGUCGGACGGGAAGCAAGAACAACAGUCAGCACCAAAGUUAUGUUCCGGAUAGUGCAGUGCCACCGCUCCCAAACUUACCAAAUAUUAUUUCUUACAACUAUGAUAAAGCUGCUGCCGCUGCUGCUGCUAGGGGCAAUGACGGUGUCUCUAAAAAUGUUGAUAAUGGCCACACUGUUGAAAGCAGUAGCCAACCCCGUCUCCAUAAGAGUGGCUCCUUGAGACUUGUUGGAGGAACUGAUGAAGGUAUUGUCAAUGACAUGCCAAAGAGAGGCCAAAGAAAACCUAGGGCCGGCCACAAUAGAGCUGUUAGUGCGUCUGCAGCUACCUACGCUGAGAAUUCUGGACCUAAUAAUAGAAGUGGGAAAGAUACUAUCACCUCUGCUACUGAUAAUUCUUAUGAUGACGCUGCAAUGAAUGAGACCGCCAAUAAUACUGACAAUAUUAAUAAGUUUAAUUACAAUGGUGCACCAAGUUCGGCAAACAAGAAUGGAGCUUCAACUAUGAGGGCUAAAUCUGUUGGGCAUGGUAGAUCUAAGUCUAUUGGUUACAAGAAGUCCACCGGAUUUCAAGAAAUUGUUCCUCCAUUGCCACAAAUUAAUGAUAAUCUUUAUGGUGAACUUGUUCAUCAAAACUAUGGCGGCGAAAAACAACCGCUUUCGGAAGCAACUAUUGUGGAAAGGGCCAAAAAUGCCGAACCUGGAUCAAUGCCUUCCAUUGAAUUCGCCAAAACUUUAUAUCUUAAAGGUUUUUUCAGUGUACAAACUACCUCUACCAAGCCACCAGCCGUUAUCAGACAAAGUAUUAUCAACAGCUUGGAGAAGCUUGGUGUGGAUUUCUUAGAAGUGAAGGGUGGCUUUGUCUGCACUUUCCUUAAUAAGAAAGAACAGGCUCUUACAGGCUCACAUAAUGCAUCAACUACUAAUAGUAAUAACACUGCCGUUGAGGGAGAUAAUGUUAUCACAACUAAGAUUUCAACAUCCAAUUUUUCACAUAACUCUUCUCACUCAGACACCAAGGAUGCCGUUUCUUCUAUUAGUACUGGUAGUAAAGGCCACAGACGGAAGUUUAGUAUUGGAUUUAAAAAGCAACCAGCCACUCCAAAGAUUCCUGCGACUCCAAUCCUUUUCUCACCAACCUCACCAAAUCCAAAUCAUUCCAUGGAUGGUGAAUCCAGUGCUUCUUUAGAGUCGUUAAGUGGGAUUGGUGCUAGUGAUAUGAUUUUAUCUUCCAGAAUCAAUCAAGGCAAGAGUGGCAAGCCAGUUCAAAGAAAUCCAAUCAGGUUUGAGAUAUCUAUUGUUAAAAUUCCGAUUUUGAGCUUACUUGGUGUUCAAUUGAAAAAAUUGAGUGGUAACGCAUGGGCCUAUAAGACAUUGGCUGAUCAUAUAUUGACUGACCUCAACUUAUGA